AUGGGUAUAACGAUUCGCCAAGCCAGGAUAGAUGAUAUCCAGGCCAUGCAAAAUGCAAACUUGCACAACCUACCUGAAAACUACCAACUCAAGUACUACAUGUAUCAUAUACUAUCAUGGCCACAAGCCAGUUUUGUCGCUACCACCGACGACGAUAUUGAUGAAUUAAACGACGAACAAUAUAAAGAUCCUAAAGGAGAUACCAGCUACAUUAGAAAGGGAGAAAAGAUCGUUGGGUAUGUGUUGGGCAAGAUGGAAGACGAUCCAGAUGCUGAAGAUAAAACUCCUCAUGGGCAUAUUACAUCAUUGUCGGUGAUGAGAACUUAUAGAAGAAUGGGAAUUGCAGAAAAGUUGAUGAGACAAUCGUUAUAUGCAAUGUGCGAGUCCUUCAAAGCACAAUAUGUGUCGUUGCAUGUCCGGAAAUCCAACAGAGCUGCUUUGCAUUUAUAUAGAGAUUCACUCCAGUUUGAGAACACCUCAAUUGAGAAAAGUUAUUAUCAAGAUGGAGAAGAUGCAUAUGCCAUGCGCAAGGAGUUGAGGUUGGAAGAGCUCUCGCCUCAUUUGUUCCAGAAAACAAAUCAAGUGGACGACUUGACAUCGGACCUCUUAUCGUAA